AAUGAGCCAGCUGUCUGAGAGGAAGGAUCGCCUUAGCGGCUCUGUGGGCUGAAGAUGGCGGACGAAGAGAACAGUCUUGGAACGGCCUUAGCAGGCGCCUCCGACAUGGAAGAACCUGCCGCGAAACGGUCAAAAAUUAGUCCAGCGGCAAACUAUGGAUUUAAAUCCAUUGAGGUAGACCAGUUCUCGUGCGUCUCUGCGGCCACGGAGAGUUGGGAGGCCGCGGUGAAUUGUGCGCAGCCAGCAGAGAAGGAAGCAAAGCCGGUGAUGGCGGUAGAGCAGGCCCCAGCAGCGCGAGGCGGAGACAACAAUGGAUUGGGACUGUUGGUCUCUGAGCCGCAUAAACCAUUUGGGAAGCUAAGCGACAUCACUGUCUUCGAUGCAACAGAAGAGAGUCCAGAUUUUCUUCGACAUGAAGAUCUCCCUUCCAACGGUCUUGCUGUCACUCCAGAACACAUCAAUGAGGAAGAUGACAGAUCCUCACAUGCAAGUUCCAGUGACUGGACUCCUCAACCGCAAAUAGGUUCCUAUAGUUUCCUCCAGCAACACAUCCGAGAGACUGAUCCAAGGGCCAUUCUGAGGGAUCUGCUUCCUGAGACUAUACUCCCACCAGAUUUAGAUGACAUGACAUUGUGGCAGAUUAUUAUCAAUAUAUCAGAACCUCCUAAAAGAAAGAAGCGGAAGGAUGUUAACACCUUAGAAGACGUGGUGCGGCUACUUGGGGAAAGCAGAAGAGUGCUUGUGCUAACCGGUGCUGGGGUUUCAGUUUCAUGUGGAAUACCAGACUUCCGCUCUAGAGAUGGAAUUUAUGCACGACUUGCUGUAGAUUUUCCUGACCUUCCUGAUCCCCAAUCCAUGUUUGACAUUGAAUACUUCAGACGGGACCCUAGACCCUUUUUCAAGUUCGCUAAGGAGAUCUACCCUGGUCAGUUCCAACCUUCACCCUGUCACAGAUUUAUAUCCAUGCUGGAUAAGAAAGGGAAGCUGCUACGCAAUUACACACAAAACAUUGAUACCUUAGAACAAGUGGCUGGAGUUCAGCGAAUUAUCCAGUGUCACGGGUCAUUUGCAACUGCUUCGUGUCUUGUUUGUAAACACAAGGUGGAUUGUGACGCUAUAAGGGAAGACAUUUUCAAUCAGGUUGUCCCUCGCUGUCCACGGUGUCCGGAUAUUCCUCUGGCAAUCAUGAAGCCUGACAUUGUCUUUUUUGGAGAAAAUCUUCCAGAAAUGUUCCACAGAGCCAUGAAGCAGGAUAAAGAUGAGGUGGACCUCUUGAUUGUUAUCGGCUCAUCGCUUAAAGUCCGACCAGUUGCGCUUAUCCCAAACUCCAUUCCUCAUGAAGUGCCUCAGGUCCUGAUCAACAGGGAGCCGCUGCCUCAUUUAAACUUUGAUGUGGAGUUACUCGGGGAUUGUGACGGCAUUAUCAACGAGCUCUGUCACCGAAUGGGCGGAGACUUUGAACAGCUCUGCUACAACACUCGAAGACUCACUGAGAUCACAGAGAAACCCCCUCGGUUACCAGAACAGCCACCAAGCAAGGCCUUGUCUGCUCCCAGCGAUGCGGCUCCUGAGGUGCAGAAGCAGCACCAAACAGACUCCAUAAACAAGACUUCAGGGGACACUGAAAGUCUGAAUGUCACAGAGACAGCUGAUAAUAAUGUUACACCUUUGAAGCCUUGUCCAAGCGAGGAGACGGCCGAGUCUCCAGCAGAGGACACGCCAAAAGAUGAAGCAUCGGAAUUUAAAAGCCAGACAUCCAGCCUUGAAAUUCGUAAACGAUGCUGGGUGAGUCGUGUCAACAGAAGUCCAAUCAGCAAACGGCUUGAAGCGGGCCAGUACCUUUUCCAAGCACCAAAUCGUUACAUCUUCCAUGGGGCUGAGGUUUAUUCCGACUCUGAAGAUGAGAUGUCGAGCUCCUGUGGGAGUGACAGCGAGGAAUCAGAAUGUAGCGCAGAAGGUGUGGAAGAUGAGAGCGAGCCGGAGGAUGCUGCCACGGCACCAGCAGAUGAAGAGACGAACUCCAGAGACACUUUACAAAAUUCAGCCAGUGAGGCGGCAUCAAGUGCGCAGAUAGACACUACUUCUGAAAAGACUCGGAGUACCACACACCUUUAAAUGUAAAACGUACCUGUUUGACAAAGCACUAAUUGUCUUUUUAUAUAUGUUUCAUAUAUUUUUGACUCAUCAUACUUAUUGUUAUUUUUCAUAAAGUUAAAAUGGUGUGACAACUUUGUGUGUAUAUGCAGCAGGCCUUUCCCUUUUUCUUUUAUGUACCAUUUUGUCACAUACAUUGCCUCUGAAACUACA